CAACCUCUAUUUUUAUCGACACAGUGAUAACUACAACCAAACACCGAGCACCUUCCCAAUUGCUCUUCGAACUAUCGCAAUGCCUCAUACCAGUUCCCUGGCCGUUCCGGAAGCAUACACGCAGAUGCUCGCGCGGCGGCGAAGUAACAUGAUAGACCCUCACGAUAGCGACUGUUCGUCGUGAGAGCAUGUGUUUCCUUCUGUGUUGCUUGCGCAUGUCAGGAAAACCUAGACCCACAAUUCAAAGCCGAUUUCAUCGAGCAUUUCCAACGUGAUGGCUUCGAAGCGCUGCAGUGCUGGUACGUGGCCAUGAACGAUAAUCACUAGCAUGAGGUCGACAAGCAGCUACCGGAGGCCGUGGACAAGAUGAACGUGCCGGCGUUGUAUAUUAGUGCUAUGGAUGAUGCGGUGUGCAAACCUGAGGCUGCGGAGCCGCUGGUUGAGAAGGGGCUGUUGCCGAAUCAUACAAAGACGGAGUUGAUUGAUGCGGGAUAUUGGGUGCCGUAUGAAAAGCUGGAGGAGGCUGUUGACAGGCUUAAGGUGUGGCUAGAAGAGAAGUUCCUGCAUUGAGGGAAAAAUCGUGGUUGGUGGAUGCAAGUCAACCGGUAAAAGACUCUAGCAACAGGUCGAUAUGGCUAUGAAGAAUGUGCCUGCUAGAUCAAAAGGUACCGUUGCCUCUGUUGUUGUAUUAGAUGUUCGUAGCAUGUUGUGAUGACCCCAACGAAAGUU